AAUUGCUCAUCCCCUUUCUCCCACGCGGAGUAUCGAAACCCUAACCCCCAAAAUCACUCAAUUUACUCGAGAUCCUGAAGGAGAGUAGAUUUAUAUUCUUCAAGAAUGCAACAUCAGAGACUGAAGCAGCAACAACAGCAAGCAUUGAUGCAGCAAGCUCUUCUUCAACAACAAUCUCUUUAUCAUCCUGGCCUCCUGGCUCCACCCCAGAUUGAACCAAUACCAAGUGGAAAUUUGCCUCCUGGGUUUGAUCCAAACACAUGCCGCAGCGUGUAUGUAGGGAAUAUUCAUACACAAGUGACUGAACCACUUCUACAAGAGGUUUUUGCAAGUACUGGUCCUGUUGAAGGCUGCAAACUCAUAAGAAAAGAUAAGUCAUCAUAUGGAUUCAUUCACUACUUUGAUCGGAGAUCUGCUGCACUUGCUAUAUUGUCUCUAAAUGGAAGGCAUUUGUUUGGACAGCCUAUCAAAGUUAAUUGGGCAUAUGCCAGUGGACAGAGGGAGGACACAUCAGGUCACUACAACAUAUUUGUCGGUGAUCUUAGCCCUGAGGUUACUGAUGCUAUGUUAUAUGCAUGCUUCUCUGUCUAUGCCAGCUGUUCGGAUGCAAGGGUUAUGUGGGAUCAGAAAACUGGAGGUUCACGAGGUUUUGGGUUUGUUUCUUUUCGGAAUCAACAGGAUGCUCAAAGUGCUAUAAAUGACUUAACUGGGAAGUGGCUUGGAAGUAGGCAGAUACGCUGCAAUUGGGCUACAAAAGGUGCUGGAAUUAGCGAUGAAAAACAAGCUUCAGAUUCAAAAAGCGUGGUAGAGCUAACAAAUGGGUCAUCAGAGGAUGGUAAAGAGCCCACUAAUAGCGAUGCCCCGGAGAAUAAUCCACAGUAUACAACUGUUUAUGUUGGCAACCUUGCACCAGAGGUUACACAGCUUGAGCUUCAUCGUCACUUUCAUUCCCUUGGUGCAGGGGUGAUUGAGGAAGUUCGGGUGCAGCGUGAUAAAGGUUUUGGUUUUGUUAGAUACAAUAACCAUGCUGAGGCUGCGCUUGCUAUUCAAAUGGGAAACACCCAGUCUAUUCUUUACGGCAAACAAAUUAAGUGCUCAUGGGGCAGUAAGCCCACUCCUCCAGGAACAAGCUCGAACCCACUUCCCCCUCCGGUUCCUGCACCAAUGCUGUCGGCUGGUGAAUUAUUGGCAUACGAACGUCAACUAGCAAUGAGCAAGAUGGGUCUGAUGCAUCCUCAAGUUAUGGGGCAGCAUCCUAUGAAACAAGCAACCAUGGAUAUGGUCGGGGGCGGAGCAAGUCAGGCGAUAUAUGACGGUGGUUUCCAGAGUGUUGCCGCUGCCCAACAACUCAUGUACUAUCAGUAGUGAGAUUAUGUGGCGUUUAACCGUUAUUUUUCACUGUUUGGGCUUUUCGUUCUCUUCCUGCCUUUGUGGGUAUUUGUUCAAGUUGUAGGAGGCAGUUAGUCUCCUCUUGGUUCUCGUUUUUCUUCUUUUUUAAACGUUUGUUAUUGGCUUUGCCUUUGCCUCCCGAUUGGGAGACUGUUGUCGUGCUAGUUCUAUAUAUUGCUAAGAGUAUGGAUAAAUACAUGUGGUGUAUGUUAUUAUAUGUCAACUGGGGAUGGGAUGUGUGUUUGUUUCUACUGAA